AUGAUUUUCAAUCAGACACAAUGCGACAACGAUGAACUCAAUUGGCAGUGGAGGUGAAGGGCCGACUCCGAUAUUGCUAUUGAAGACGAAGUCGAAGCCAGAUGAUGGCUACCAGGACCAGUUUUCCGGUGAAAAGGAUUGCCUUCUCUUCCAGCCAUCAUUCGUGCCUGUGCUAGAGCACAAAUUCCUAGACGAGGGUCUCGAUAUCGUGAGGGCUUUGCUAUGGAAGAAGCAGAUUGGAAAAGGGCCCAGUUCGAAAUAUGGCGGCUUGAUAUUUACAUCACAGCGUGCAGUGGAAGCAUUUGCAAAGCUUGUUGAAGAAGGCAAAGGUAACGACAAAUGGCCAUUUAUACAGGAUAUUCCGGUAUACACAGUUGGGCCUGCUACAUCUCGAGCUUUGCGAGCAAUUCCUCACGAGCCGCCACUCAAAAUAUUUGGUUCCGAUACUGGAAACGGAGAAGCAUUGGCACACUAUAUGUUGGAGCACUAUGGCGAAUGGUAUCACGAUAGGAAUACCAAGCCCCCUCUACUAUUCUUGGUGGGAGAGCAAAGGCGGGACAUUAUUCCUAAGACUUUGAUGGACCAUACCUUGCCGGACGACCGGCGGAUACAAGUGGAUGAGUUGGUCGUUUAUGGCACUGGAGUGAUGGAGUCCUUCGAGGAAGAUUUCACAAGAAUUUUACUCGAGACGAAAGACAAAGCCAUGAGGUGGGUGGUCGUAUUUUCACCCACCGGCUGCGAAGCCAUGCUAAGGUCACUGGAUCUAUUGGAUCCUGAGACUGGCAAAGCAAAGGCAAGCCAAAAUUCGACGAAGAGGAACACUUACAUUGCCACCAUUGGCCCUACCACUCGAGACUUCUUACGGUCAAAAUUUGGCUUCGAGCCCGAUGUCUGUGCUAGUAAGCCCAGUCCAGCAGGCGUGGAAGAAGGUAUCCGACAAUAUCUCAAAGAUAAAUGCUAGAACUAUUCAAGUCCAAUCGAGGUUCCAUGGCGCCAGGUUCGCAACUGGUUGCACGGUGCUGUCGUAAUAGAAGAGAAUGUCUGCAGGCUUUACAAGAGAGGAAGUCUCGUUCCGAUCCAGAGAGUGUUUGCCAAACGUCUGGUGGCUAUGAUUUCCACAGUUUUGAAACCACCAGUUUGAAUACUUCUCAUGCCAGUCGAAGUAUAUCGUAUCCCCAAGUGUCAUCACUUUAUAAAUUACGCAAGUGCCUGUCAUAAGGUGCUCAACGUUUAUCCGAAAACCAAUUGCCAUGCGGCCUCAUGUUUUACAGUCGCUAAUUUACCCCAAUUUCAUUUAUAUUCUUUCCCGAAGGCUCAUGUUAUCAGCGGUUUUUAAUAUAAUGCAUGCGAUUGCUCGGGGCUUGGGAGAAAUUGAUGCAAUGGUUUUGAAGAUUCAGAAGAUGCCGUGCAUUAC